UAGCGGUAGCGUUGUAGUGUUGCGUUUGAAGCCACGACGUGGUAAGCGUUCCACAACCUUCAGUCCUUUUCCAAAGCUAUCUCCCAAGUCCCUGUCGCCUUCUUCCUCGGUUGCCGCCGAUAAGACCUAUUAUCCAUGCAUCACCCCCACCACAACCAUCGAGGGCUGCAGCGCGCUGCACACGAACGUCGUGACAGAGACGGCGAGAUGCAGAUAAGGGCGGUAAGCGGGGACGAUGAAGGCAGGAAGAAGGUGGAGAGGGUGGAGGUGCCCAAAACCCGCCGCUCGGAGGCCGUGCGCUACAUAGAGAAGAAGCUGGUGGACAAGGGCAUCCAACGGAUGGAGCGCCACCCCGUCAACGGCCUCGGUAUCGGUCGCAGCCUGCCCAAGUCUGGUCACGACGGCAGGUACACCUGGGAGGGACUCGAAGACGUGGUGGAGAGCGAGGUCGACCCCGUGUCCCCAGCCAUCGACGAGAAGGACCCCAACUACGUCGAAGAAGGCCAGGGGGAUGCGAACCCCAGCGAGGUGGUUGUCGGAGAGGUGGAGGUGGCCAACAUGGCGGAAGCCAAGGAAGGAGUCUCUAGGAUUGAGGUUCUCCCGCCUCUCCAACCGAGCCAUGAUCCAUCCGCUCUUUAAUCUUCUUCUUCUUCUUCUUUUUCUUCCUUUGCUGUCCGAGUUUGCUGAG